AUGUGUCAACUACAGCCUCUCUUUUUCUUAUGGUCUCUAUUCACCCUGGCGGUGGCAGCUUCAUUUUCAAAGGUGCAUCACCAUUUACACCUAGGACGCGACUUUAAUGACAAAUAUGAUGCUGCCUACUUCAUUGGACAGGGCCAAUGGGCGUGCAGCCCGGCGGCCCUAUCAGCGCUUAAACCAGCUAUUGCCGACGCCCAGCGACUUGCUCAAGCGGCCAUCGACGUGCUGGAAGUGGCUGGCUCAGAAACAUCAGACACAUAUGAGAAUUGGUUCGAGCUAUUAGGCAACGCAAAUCCUCGGACGUUGACUGAGCUUCUCAAUGAACAUUUCAAACCUGCCAUGACCCAUUUCCUUUUCCCUAGUAAACUAGCUGGGAUUGCAUUCGAUAACGGCGAGAUCAUCUACAAAGUCCUCCCUCAAGAUCGUCCACCAUCACUUGAUUCCCUCGUUUAUGCGUGUCCACCGCUCACCCAGACUUCUGGAGACAUUUGUGACCCAGAGACAAACGCUGCCACAGUAUCGCAGUUCAUUCAGAAUGCUGAUGGCAGUAUUCAGCCUACGGGACCCACAAUACUUGCUCUUUGCCCGAAAUUCUUUCAAUCAACUACCACCAUUGACCAGAUGGUACAAGCCUGGAAAACCGAGCUCACGAUCGAACCGCAGUCGCAAGGAUUUAUCCUACUUCACGAGCUUCAACAUAUGCGCAAAGCAACGUCUCCCAGUCCCAAGGCCGAUGACCUAAGCAUCAACAGCUGUGCCGCUCUUCCGGCUGCUGAUAAGAUUCGGAACGCCCAGAACUAUCCUCUGUUUGCACUUGAUGCUUUGACAUUUCCGGAGCGGGCAAAACCACAAUCUCAA